ACAGCUGAUUGACUUUUUGUAAAUAGGAAAUCGUGCAUAUAUAGUUCAAUAAUACUAUUAAAAUUAUUUUACGUUAAUUUGGCCUAAAAAUGGCUCCUGUAGCAUUAACAGGCCAAAUUGCCACUAAACUUUUACCAAAAAGUGGAUGUGCGAGCAUAUUGUACAUAAAAUCAGCUCAGUACAGUAGUGAUGGGUCGCCAAAUCUGGCUGCAUAUAAGCGAGGUACAGGCGGCCGCAGUAGCUUCAAUGGAGUUGUUGCUACGGUAUUUGGCUGCACAGGGUUUGUGGGCCGCUAUGUAUGCAACAAACUGGGCAAGAUAGGCACCCAGCUAAUUUUACCAUACAGAAAUGAUUUCUAUGAGGCCAGCAGGUUAAAAGUUGUUGGAGACCUUGGCCAGGUGCUCUUCACCCCUUUUGACCUCCGUGAUGAUGAGUCCAUUGCAAAGGCCUGUCGUUACUCUAAUGUUGUUAUUAACUUAAUUGGCCGUGAUUAUGAAACCAAGAACUUCAAGUACAUGGAUGUGCAUGCCGUUGGGCCAAGGCGUAUUGCAAGAAUUGCACGGGAGAUGGGAGUUGAGCGUUUCAUUCACGUAUCCUACUUGAACCAAGCUGAGAAUCCCCCGAUUCUUGUCAGAAGGUCCCCAUCCAUGUACAAAGUAAGCAAAUUUAUGGGAGAAUGUGCAGUGCGAGAGGAGUUUCCAACUGCUACUGUCAUACGUGCUUCAGAUAUCUAUGGGUCAGAAGAUCGGUUUAUCAGAUCCUUCGUAAGUGGCUGGCGCAUCUGGUCUAAAUGGAUGCCACUGUGGAAGAAUGGAAUGGCGACAACAAAACGCCCAGUAUAUGUAUCCGACGUCGCCCAGGCCAUCGUUAACGCUAUCCGUGACAGAGAUACUAGGUGCAUGACCUACCAGGCUGUUGGUCCCGACAGAUACCUGGUAGCAGAUCUUGUGGACUGGUUCUACAAAAUAAUGCGCAAAGACGAGAGCUGGGGCUAUGUUCGUUACGAUAUGAAGUACGACCCGCUAUUCAGUAUGAAAAUAGCUUUCAACCAACUCGUAUCUUGGGGCUACCCAUUCGGUGGUUUGCACUGGGAGUCUAUUGAAAAGGAGGCCACAACUGAUCAGCUUGAUCCUACACUACCAACGAUAGAGGAUUUGGGUGUCACUCUUACCCCAAUGGAGGAGAUGGUACCUUGGUUGUGCAAGCCCUACCGCGCCAACCAGUACUACAUUGCCCAGCUGGGAGAAUUCCCUCUCCCUGACCCUCCCAAACCAGUACCAUUAUAGAUUUGUAAAUAGCUUCUUCAGAAACAUGAUUUAGAUACUUUUUUUAAUUUUAUGUAAUUCAAUAUCAUGUAAAUUCAUUCUCAACGAUUUUAGUCUCCUUUUAUGUAGAAA